UAAAAACAAUGGGAAUUUGUGAACUGUCCCUUAAGCCAGGAAUGGGAUUUGCUUGCUAGUGGAAUCCAGCUGUGAGUCAGAUAUUUGGGUUUGGAAGAGGAGCAAGGACAAGGAGAAGGGAGAAAACUGAUGGGUCAGAAAUAGAGCUGAACAAGGCAACCUCUUUCAAAGGGAAGAGUAUCUCUGUGGUGAAAGAAUCCCCCUGUGUCUGCAGCAGUCACGGAAGAAGGUCCUCGAGGAACUAUGGGGAGCAAGAAGAAGAUCAGUGUUCCAGCAAAGUUAAUCAAUGGAGGUGUGGCCGGGCUAGUGGGAGUGAGCUGCGUCUUCCCAAUUGAUUUGGCGAAAACCCGUCUUCAAAACCAGCAGGGACAAGGAGUCUAUACUGGAAUGCGGGAUUGCUUGGUGAAGACUCUGCGUUCAGAGGGAUUCUUCGGCUUGUACCGAGGGGCCGCGGUGAACCUGACACUGGUCACGCCAGAGAAAGCAAUCAAACUGGCAGCCAAUGACUUUUUUCGACAGCUGCUGUCACAGGAGAGGAAGGAGUUGACGCUGGUGAGGGAGAUGCUAGCUGGCUGUGGAGCUGGGGCCUGCCAAGUGGUGGUCACCUCCCCCAUGGAGAUGCUGAAAAUUCAGCUUCAAGAUGCUGGACGACUGGCUAUUCAUCAGCAAAAGGUUUUGGGAACAGAUGGCCCACUGGCUCCCUUCUCCCAGCCCCCGCAGGACAGGCCUUACACCACUGGCACAGCCUCAGCAUUCAAGCGCCCCUCGGCCACUGUGAUCGCCAGAGAUCUUCUGAAAACCCAAGGGCUAGUGGGACUGUACAAGGGCCUGGGAGUCACCCUGCUCAGGGAUGUGCCUUUUUCCAUUAUCUAUUUCCCACUGUUUGCCAACAUCAACAAACUGGGACAGAGGCACUCUGAGGAGAAGGCACCCUUCUUCCAUUCAUUCGUGUCUGGCUGCAUGGCGGGAUCCGUGGCUGCAGUAGCAGUGACCCCACUGGAUGUUUUAAAAACCCGAAUUCAAACUCUCAAGAAAGGCCUGGGAGAGGACACCUACAAUGGAAUCACUGACUGCGCCAGGAAGAUCUGGACACAUGAGGGACCUGCUGCCUUCAUGAAGGGGGCAGGCUGUCGGGCCCUGGUUAUAGCACCCCUCUUUGGCAUAGCCCAGGGUGUCUAUUUUAUUGGCAUUGGUGAAUAUAUCUUGGGAUAUUUCCACUAGAACUUGUUCUGGCUAAAUCAGGCCUGGCUGAAGAUCACACACAAGUUUACUCCUCAGUGCUGCAGAACUGGAUUUGCCAGAAAUGGACAGGACCAUGUUGUAAUAAUUUCUCUUAUGGACUGCACCAUCACCUUCAGCUUUCUCUGCCCAUGAGCAGGGGCCAACACUGGCUGUCAGCUAUAUUAUGGCUUAAAUUUCUUGCUACUUUCAUACAUCCACUUGACGUUCUGCAUGCUACAGCUAGCCCCUCCACAUGUAAACACAGGGAAGAAUGAUCUAUGUAUCCUUACUUGUUUUUCUCAGGACAGUAUAACACAAAAGUUUGUCCUUUGAAUGGCUGUGUGUAAGUAAAGAUUGUUUGUUUUCUUAUAGAGGUGAUCUCAAUGAUUGUUUGAGGUCAGAGGGUCCUGUAUGAACCAAAAAAGCCUGGAUAGGACUUAGCUCCCUAAUGACCAGUUUCCCCAUAUAUGAUCUGCAAUCUCUUGUCCAGUAUCCAUCUCGCUUUGUUUUUAAAUGCUUCACUGUUUGCUUUGCUUGACUGCAGUGGCUGUUCCAUCAAAUAGUCAGAGGGGGUUCAAACUCACUUGUUCCAGCCGUAUCUGAAUGUAAACAGAUGAGGCACAGCAGUCAGAACACAAAGGUGUAAGUGUGAAACAGUUUUGUUCCUUCCAUGCAGGGUCAGAAUGCAGUGGGGGGAAGUGAAGGCGAGGGGAGAAGGCAGCAAAACUAGAAAGACUUAAGGCUUAUUUGUACAGUUACAAUUACACAGAAAUAAAGACUAAUACAAACCAGAUGUCAAUUUUAUAGCAAAGCAUUAGGGGUUCAAAAACAGUGUGUGCCAGCUGAAGGCAUCCAGCAGCUGGGUGUGUCAAAGCCAUUUUUGGACCAGUUCUUGCAAAUCUCAAAACUGCUAUAAGCAUGCUUACAAAAAUUGCUGAAGGUUAGGGUUCUGGUGCAGGGCCUGCAUGGGGGAACUGUACUAUAAUGGGAGCAUUUCCUUUGGAAAUGGAGGUAAAGGGCAAGAUAAAAAGAAAAGACACUGUAACCCUGGGUUAAGUAUUUUUCAGGAUUCAGCACUGCAGGAUUUGCUGUUUGAUCUGCAAUCUGAGUAGAGGAGUUAGGCUCAAAUCUUUUUUUACAUGCUUUGUAAAGCAAGAAAAUAACCUGUAGUUCUGCCUCUGAGCCUGCGCUAUGAAGGAUAACACUUUAUUUUAUAACUGUAUCCCUGCAGUCUGCUAAGCAGCAUAUUCAUGAUGGCAUCAUAUGAAAGCCUUAUUACCACUGCAUGAAAGUAUGGAAGGUAGCCUGAGUUUCAUUUACAGGACUAAACAUAGGUCUAGGAGUCAGGAACUGGGUGUGCUAAGCAUAGCUGCGCAGUGACUUACAUUGUGGAACUGGGCAAGUAACUUUGGUAUAUUUCACUCCACAAUCUGUACCCUAGGGAUAAUACGUAACAUCUCAGGGAUAUUAACAGUGAGGGUUUUAUAAAGCAGGCCCUGCCAAGUAGAUUAUGCAGGGACGACUGCUGUACUACUGUAAAUCAAAGCGGCACAAUGCUAGUAGGAGAGAGGGUAGUAGCAGCUGAUUUUCUAGCUAUGUUAUUUGAGACCAGCCCACUUAAGUGCUGAAGCAUAGCUGCUUAAAGAGUAAAGUUUCUAAACUCCAACUGGGGAGGGAGGCAGGAGUACAUCUGGCAGGGUAAGCCGCCCUUAACGCUGUCUUACAUUUAGGAAGGAGGCUGGUCCUAGAUUCCCUUAGUCAGAAUAUUAGCUUAAAUGUUAACAGUGCUAAUGUACUGACAGAACUUCUCCAUCAGUUCAACUUGCAGCCAGGACAAUGCUCUGAGACUCACUCAGAUUUUUAUCUUAAGUGGUUCAAAAGCCAAUCAAAACCAAAUGUUAGUAAUUAUAUAUAUAUGCCACUUGCUCUUCCUGGCCAGAGCAGUGAUUCUCUGCACAUUACCUCUCUACUUCUUCUGGGAAAGAAAGUUCACACACUCUAGUCUAAUAAACUCAGUUGUUUACUCCUUCCAAGCUGUUUAUAGAAUGUGGAGGCCGCCACAAACCAGAGAAUCCAGCUGAUUGAGUAGCAUUAGGGACAGUCUCCUCUCUGACUAGGAAUCAAUAUUUUAGCUUACUCGCUAAGUGGUGUAUUAUGCAUCCAGUACUAUGUUCAUAUGUAUUUUAAUGUUUCUAUCACCUAUUAAACUACUACAAAAAGCUGGUUCUGCAAUACAAAGUAUUUGCUGCUUAUUGCAUAUUGGUUAAGUGCACUGAUUACAUGACCACUGUCUUAAAAGGUACUUUUAAUUACUUCUGGGAGAAUUCUGCACCACCAUGUAGUGCAGAAUUUUGCAGAAAUUAAAGUUGUGUGCUCAGAAUUUCCUCCUCCUCUCCCCAGCCCCUGAAAUGGGCUGCAGAGAUGUUGGCCGCCACUAGGGGCCACUGCACUCAGCAGAGCCCAUCUCACAAAUAGGGUCCCAGCUGUUGCAGUGCCCUGAAGGAAGGAAGUGGCAUGCAGGAAACUCUGUGCGAGCCCAGCAUCAGCCUGUUUCUCCUUCUGGAUCCCUAGACUCCAGGAAGGUAGGGGGUGAGUGUGUCUGGGCUGGGCAAGAGGGGGGAGGAGGGCAGCAGCUGGACUAGAGGGGUGGGCCUGCAGCUGGCCCCUAGGAGGCAGGAGGGAAGUGGGUUGGGGGGGCCCUGCAGUUGAGCUCUGGGAGGUAGGCGAUGUAUUAAUACUCUACGCUUGGGGGAAUUUGUGUGUGUCUCUGUAUUGUUAUAGACAUACUUGCUGACAAG